AUGGCGCGUACGAAAUACCGUUUGGCACCGCAAUUUCCAUUCCCUUGUGCGCUGCAGGACUCAUUGGCGGCGUACUUGUUCCUCUUGGACCAAUUCAUGCCCAAUGAGAUCCUUUUUGCAGGCGAUUCGGCUGGCGGAGGGAUGGUGGUCUCCAUGUUGGUUACCAUUCGUGACCAGGGCCUGCCUCUCCCUGCUGGGGCCAUCUUGAUCUCCCCUUGGGUGGACCUGACUCAUUCCUUCCCCAGCAUCAUGAAGGAUAACCCCGGUGACUUUCUACCUCCGUACGGCUUCCGGCAUAAACCCUCGGCGGCAUGGCCGCCACCUUCUGCAGACGAGGUUCUGGCUCUGCAACAAGAACGUAGCAAGAAACAUGGAUCGGCGAUCGAUGCGCCAGAGUCCAUCCCGGCUACAGAGAGCAGGGUGGACGAAGCUGCGUCAAAACGCUAUUCAGUCUCGGAUAGCCACUCGUCUUUGGCGGACGCCUCCAAUGCAAGAAAGUCAAAUCCAACGGAUGGGGGCCCUUACAGCAUCAAGGUCCCUGUGGAUGGUCAGAUCGUUGAAGUCAAAGACCAAGUCCAAAUGUACACGACCAAUCCGCUCAUAUCGCACCCACUUGUUUCUCCAGUGCUACAGCCAUCUCUUGGGGGCCUACCGCCGCUUCAGAUCCUCACUGGUGGAGGCGAAAAGCUCCGAGAUGAGCAGAUUUACCUGGCUCACAAAGCUGCAAACCCCACGGACUAUCCACCCGGCGACGUCUCCCUAGAUGAGAACGACCCAAACCGAGAGAUCUUACAUAAAUACGCCGGCACCUACGUGCAGCUCCAGGUCUGGGACGACCUCUGCCAUACUGUCCCUGCUCUCAGCUUCACUCGUCCGGCCAAAUAUAUGUAUCGAUCCAUUGCCCAAUUCGGUGCCUGGGCGCUCGCUUGCGCCCAGGAAACCGAAAUUGAGAUCCUGGAUGACAAUACCGUCUCGCCCAUCUCGUCCUCGGAUUCGGACACCCCAAGUGCACCUGCAAAUGCAACUCCGGAGAAAUCGAAUACGAAACCCGCUAUUUCGUCAGUUGGAAUGGCUGGGGAUCCCCUGCCAGCUUUUAAGAAUCGUAUGGUACGGCAACGAGUGGACAAGCGUGGCCGUAUCUAUCCUCUGGAUCCAGUAUGUUUCGAACCAGUCCUUCAACUCCCACCCUCCUACGUUGGAUCCAUCAAUCCCAGCCUUCUCAAAAAGUGGCUGGCAGCUAAAGAUGAAUGGGACGUGAAAUUCGCCAAAGAGAAGCUCCAUAUGCAACAAAAGCGGAAGAAGGAACUGGCGUAUGGAUUGAAAUACUUUAAGAACGAAACACCCCCUCCCUGCUCCCUCGCUGCAAGAAAGGAAGUUUCCGGUGUCUUGCCCUCUUGGAAUGCGCGCAAGAGUUACCCCAUGACCUUGUGGAGUCAUUGGGCCAGCAAGCAUGACAAGAAGGCCAUCGUGCGAGAACGCCAGAGAGAGAAGGAGGUCAGGAGGAGCAGUGUGGGAGCAGGACAGGCCGGAGCCUCUAUCAAACAGCCAGCAAGCCACGGUGAUGUGAACCCACUUAUCGUUCAGAGCCCCGGACAGGGUCAAGCCAGUUCUCUUAACCCCAGACCCGCCGCCGACAUCAUGAAUGCAGACACCUAUAAUGCAGACAAAUCUACCCCCGAUACCACCAGUACUGGAGUUUCCCCAACGCAGCAACAACCCCCUGAGCGAACCCUCAGCCCUCUUGUCGUGCUCCCCCCAUACGAAUCAAAACCACGCACCGAGGAAACAGCCAGCACCCAGACACUCUUCCACGCACCGGGAAUAAUAGCCCCGACCUCAGACCCAUCCAACAUGCGACACAAACACUGCGGAUCCUCGCACACCGGCUCCGCCACCGCCCGCAGCCGCUUCACCUCAGACAUCGCAGACGACACCAGCACCUUGGGCGAUCGAUCUGUCGCCGUCACCACUACCGGCGUCGACGCCGCUAGUACUCGCGCAGUGCGGCAUGCCACGGGGGUGGUGAGCGCUGUGACCGAUCCAGACUCGCGGCCUCGUUCCGUCGAGGCGCCGUCUGCGUCACGCGAUUCGGGCGAUCUCGCGAGUUCGUCAUCGCUGGGCGCGAGAAGUCAGCCUGUUAGUGGUGAUGGGGCAUCGUCUCGUCCUGGGAUGUCGGAUCAGGAUGCUGUUCAUACCGCUGAUGAGUAG